GGAUGCUGAGAGAUUCUAAGGAUCAUGUCUGCGAGUCAGGAUUCUCAAUCCAGAGACAAUGGCCCUGAUGGCAUGGAGCCGGAAGGCGUCAUCGAGAGUAACUGGAAUGAGAUUGUGGAUAGCUUCGAUGACAUGAAUCUCUCAGAAUCCCUCCUCUGUGGGAUUUACGCCUAUGGUUUUGAGAAGCCCUCUGCCAUCCAGCAGCGAGCUAUUCUUCCUUGUAUCAAGGGUUAUGAUGUGAUUGCUCAAGCCCAGUCUGGGACUGGGAAAACAGCUACAUUUGCCAUAUCAAUUCUGCAGCAGAUUGAAUUAGACCUAAAGGCUACUCAGGCUUUGGUUCUGGCACCCACUCGUGAAUUGGCUCAGCAGAUACAAAAGGUGGUUAUGUCAUUAGGAGACUACAUGGGUGCAUCUUGUCAUUCCUGUAUUGGGGGCACCAAUGUGCGUGCUGAGGUGCAGAAGCUGCAAAUGGAAGCUCCCCAUAUCAUCGUGGGCACCCCUGGCCGGGUGUUUGAUAUGCUUAACCGGAGAUACCUGUCCCCCAAAUACAUCAAGAUGUUCAUACUGGAUGAAGCAGAUGAGAUGUUAAGCCGGGGCUUUAAGGAUCAGAUCUAUGAUAUAUUCCAAAAGCUCAACAGUAACACACAGGUAGUUUUGUUGUCUGCUACAAUGCCUUCUGAUGUCCUUGAGGUGACCAAGAAGUUCAUGAGAGAUCCUAUUCGGAUUCUUGUCAAGAAGGAAGAGUUGACCCUGGAGGGUAUCCGCCAAUUCUACAUCAAUGUGGAAUGAGAGGAGUGGAAGCCUGACACAUUGUGUGACUUGUAUGAAACACUGACCAUCACCCAGGCAGUAAUCUUUAUCAAUACCAGAAGGAAGGUGGACUGGCUCACUGAGAAGAUGCAUGCCCGGGAUUUCAGGGUUUCCGCCAUGCACAGAGAUAUGGACCAAAAGGAACGAGAUGUAAUCAUGAGAGAGUUCCGAUCUGGCUCUAGCAGAGUAUUAAUUACCACUGACCUGUUGGCCAGAGGCAUUGACGUGCAGCAGGUCUCCUUAGUCAUCAAUUACAACCUUCCCACUAACAGGGAAAACUAUAUCCACAGAAUCGGUCGAGGUGGUUGGUUUGGCCGAAAGGGUGUGGCUAUUAACAUGGUGACUGAAGAAGACAAGAGGACUCUUCGAGACAUUGAGACUUUCCACAACACCUCCAUUGAAGAGAUGCCCCUCAACGUUGCUGACCUCAUUUGAGGGGCUAUGCUGCUACCUGGCCCUAGC